GCGUCUCUUCCGAAGCGGCAAACGGGCAGCGGCUGAGGUCGGAGAAGGAGGCGAGAGUGAAAGAGAAACGGCCGGGAAAGGAACGCCGCUGCCUUGAAACGAGGAUGCUGCCGGGCUGCGGGAAGAGGCUGCUGGUGUCCGUGGCGGGCUCGAUGCUGACCUGCUUCCUGGUGCUGGUGGCCGAGCAGCAGGCGCCGCAGCCGGAGCCGGAGCCCGAGGCGCCGCAGAGCUUCUCGGCGUAUUUCUCGCAGCUGAGCCGGAGCCGGAGGGUCGCGGAAGGAGGGGACGCGGAGGGGGCCGGCCCGCCCCGCCCGCCCGUCGAGACCCUCUCCCCCCGGGACGUCUUCGUGGCCGUCAAGACCACCGCCAAGUUCCACCGGAGCCGCCUCCAGCUCCUCCUCGACACCUGGGUCUCCCGCCACAAGGACAUGACAUUUAUCUUCACGGACGGAGAGGACGAGGAGCUGAAGAAAAGGACAGGAAACGUCAUUAACACAAACUGCUCAGCCGCUCACAGCCGCCAAGCCCUGUCCUGCAAGAUGGCGGUGGAAUACGACAAAUUCAUCGAAUCAGGAAGAAAGUGGUUUUGCCAUGUGGACGACGACAACUACGUCAACGUAGGGAUGCUGAUCAAACUGCUCUCCAGUUACCCGCACACACAGGACGUCUACAUUGGGAAACCCAGCCUGGACAGGCCCAUCCAGGCGACAGAGAGGAUCAGCGAGAACAAAGUGCAUCCUGUACACUUCUGGUUCGCUACUGGUGGUGCUGGUUUCUGCAUCAGCCGUGGACUGGCGCUGAAGAUGAGUCCCUGGGCCAGCGGUGGGCAUUUCAUGAGCACGGCGGAGAAGAUCCGGCUCCCCGACGACUGCACCAUCGGGUACAUCAUCGAAUCCGUUCUGGGGGUGAAGCUGAUCCGAAGCAACCUCUUCCAUUCUCACCUAGAGAACCUCCAUCAAGUGCCCAAGUCGGAGAUCCACAAACAGGUGACUUUGAGUUACGGGAUGUUUGAAAACAAAAGGAAUUCGAUCCAUAUGAAAGGGGCUUUCUCGGUGGAUGAAGAUCCGUCCAGGUUCCGCUCCAUCCACUGCCUGUUGCAUCCGGAUACUCCUUGGUGCCCUUCGAACGUCGCUUACUAAGAGACAAGGCGUCCCCUUCGUAACCUCGUCCCGCGUCUCCCCGGUAUCCGAAGAGCGCGUGUGGACCCGUGUGUUCGUGUCGUUGUUUCUCCCUUUGCUGUGAAGCGUUUGGCUCUUUAAUUACUGUGGUUCAUUCACAGUGUGUGUGUUGUAUAGGCUGCUGUGCGGCCCGGUCUUCCUCCUUCUGCUCUCUCCAGGCAGGCUGAGUGUGCUGAACAUUUUUUGGAUACCUAUUGUAUGUAUGUAUAUAUAUAUAUACACACACCCUUUUGUUGAGACAGGGUAUACACAAAUAGGAAAGAAUGCUCCCAAGUCUUUGAACUGUAGAAUUACUUACUUUUGGCAAAAGGAGUUCAGCUGGUUUAUAAGAAUUUAUAAGAGUGGGGAAGACAUGGCACAAAAGCUAUAGCUUGUCCUUAGCAUCAAUCCUCACAAAGAAUGCUUUUUGACCAAAAUGCAUCCUAAGGAAUGAGGGAAUCAAUUUGGCCAAAAACAUCACCAAUUGCUUCUUAUAUCCCUCGGAGAUCUUUGCGGUGUCAACAAAGUCAAAUUUGGGGUUUCGGUUUGUUCCUCUUGCCGAAAUACUUCCUUUGCUCUCCAGGAAAUCCUUAUGUCCAGUGCUAGGUUAGAAAUAGGAACAGAAAAGGCACAGUCUAGCCUAAAUUAGGCGUUUCUUUCAAAGCUGCAUGCCUUGUCCUCGAAGCCAACUUUGUAUUGAGUUCGGGAUCAUUACAAUGUAGUCAAUGAGCAGACGUUAACCACGUCCCGGUCAAAACAGCCUUCUACAAUUGUGUCCUUUCCAGCUCGUAUAUUCCCUUGCUAAGCUUUCCUGUUAAUGCUGCUUCUUGCAGAUAGAUAAUGCGAGUUGUCGUCCCAAAGUCUGAAAGGAAGAAAAUAGGAGAGACUGCCCAAAAACCCACCUUUCCUUCCUUGUCCUUGUCCUGUUAUGCUUGUGAGGCUCCGGAUAAGUCUUGAAAUGAAGGUUUACAUACUAUACUUUUAGUGUGAUUUUUUAAAACAAGUUCUUCUCACUUCAUAGCAUCCAUUUAUUGUUUCCUCCUUGUGUAUGUAUAUGUAUAUAUUGAGUUCCGGAGAGCUGCUUUUUAUCAGUUUUGCAUUCAGAGCUGGCCUAUUGGAUCCUGGCUUUUAAAGGUUAGCUAUCCAGCCUUGUAUAAGCUUGCUGAAAGGACUUAUUCCUGUAUACGUUUGCACAGGCAUGGGCAAACUUGUGCCCUCCGGGUGUUUUGGACUCCCACCAUUCCUAACAGCCUCAGGCCCUUUCUUUUCCCCCCUCAGCCGCUUAAGGGAUCAGAUAAUCACCUACAAUGCAGGCAGAUACUCACACAGGAGAGAGGAAGAUGGAUUAUUUCAUCCUCCUUAUAUAUGUAUCCGAUCACUUAAGCGGGUGAGGGGGGGAAAGGAAGGGGGCUGAGGCUGUUAGGAAUGGUGGAAGUCCAAUUUUCCUGGAGGACCCAAGUUUGCCCAUGCCUGCGUUAGCAUGUAUAUGCAGCAUAUGCCGUUCCCUCUGCCCAUAUAUCAUUCUCUCUGGAGCAUCCUCUCAGUUCCCUCUGCUCAUAUCUCGUUCCCUCUGUCGUUCCCUCUGGCCAUAUCCCGUUCCCACUGUCUUUCCUUCUGGAGCAUCCUCUCUGUUCCCUCUGCUCAUAUCUCGUUCCCUCUGCCGUUCCCUCUGGCCAUAUCCCGUUCCCACUGUCGUUUCUUCUGGAGCAUCCUCUCCGUUCCCUCUGGCCAUAUCCCGUUCCUUCUUAUCGUUCCCUCUGGAGCAUCCUCUCCGUUCCCUCUGGCCAUAUCCCGUUCCCUCUGUCAUAUCUUCUCCGUUCCCUCUGGAGCCUCCUUUUCAUUCCUUCUGCCCACAUGCCGUUCCCUCUGGCCAUAUCCCGUUACCUCUGUCAUUCCCUCUGCCCAUAUCCCGUUCCCUCUGGAGCAUCCUCUCCGUUCCCUCUACCCAUUUCCCGUUCCGUCGUUCCCUCUGGAGCCUCCUCUCCAAACCCCAACCGAUGCCACUAUCCACGUGUCCUCCUCCUGAAAGGCUGCCCUCCCAAUCCCAUCAUCCGGAAGAGCUAUACGCUUCCUUCUCCAUCCUUUUCCUUCCCCUAAAUCCCAAUGUUGUAUUUUGCUUCGUGCAUGGAGCCUUGAGUCAAGGUUUCCAUUCCUAAUGAGAAAAUAAGAAAAGAAAUGGCCCAUACUGGGUAGUGUUUGUAAAUAUCUUAUUGCCGCAGUAUUAUUUACUGUGCUUUUUUGUGUGUAAGCAGAGGCCUAUGUAGCUUUUUCAAUGGUUUGACUUAAAAAUUAACAUUUAUAUAUAUAUUUUUUCUGUGGAUCAGAAAAGAAAAGGGGGAAAAAACCCCACACGCUUCUGUAAAAUCUGUUCCAAGAACGUCAUAGAAGUAGUAUUUUGUAAUCUCCGCUCGCCCUUAAUUUAUACGUCCCAGUAUCUGGGGUGUUGUUCCGUUCUUUCGUCUUCUUCCGUAAAUGUAGAAAAUGUUUAUAUCCUGUCUUUGAAAUAAACAUGAAAUAGAGGUUUGGGGUGGGAGAAUAACCUGGAUCGAUGUUCUCAGGGAAUUAAACCUGAUUGUUACCAUGGAGUCUAUGGUAGCCAUCUUUGCUUUCAAUAAAGCAGCUGGUUGGCUGAUCAAAGUGA